AUGGCUGCGACGCGUCCCCCCGCGCCCGAAAUUCAUACGGCGGUAAAUCUCCUCAUUGACAACCUCGUCAACAUUAAAGAUGAAACUGGAAAGUUUCUCCUCUACCUCCCCGACGGUCGGGUUAUCGAUACAAAAUCCUGGGCUGGCUGGGAAUGGACGCACGGCAUCGGCCUGUACGGCGUGUGGAAGUACUACGAGAUCACGGGCGACGAGAAGCUGUUGAAGGUCAUCGAGGACUGGUUUGCCGCGCGAUUCGCUGAGGGGGGCACCACCAAAAACAUCAACACCAUGGCUGUCUUCCUCACCCUUGCAUACGUCUAUGAAAAGACCGGCAACGUCACCUACCUCCCCUGGCUAGAUGCUUGGGCUGAGUGGGCGAUGCAUGAAUUGCCACGCACCCGCUACGGCGGCAUGCAACACAUGACUUAUAUUACGGAGAACUACCAGCAGCUCUGGGACGAUACUCUGAUGAUGACUGUCAUGCCGCUGGCGAAGAUUGGAAAGCUGCUAAAUAGGCCCGAGUAUAUCGCCGAGGCCAAGAAGCAGUUCCUUACCCACAUCAAGUACCUGUUCGAUACCAAGACUGGCUUGUUUUUCCACGGCUGGACUUUUGAGGACGGUGGCCACAACUUUGCGGAUGCGCGCUGGGCUCGCGGGAACAGCUGGGUGACUAUUGUGAUUCCGGAAAUUAUCGAGCUGCUCGAGCUCGAGCCUACCGAUCCUAUCCGUUUGCAUCUAAUCGAAACCCUGGAGGCGCAGUGCGAGGCUCUCCAGCGCGUACAAUCGGAGUCUGGUGGCUGGCACACACUGCUGGAUCACCCCGAUUCAUACCUCGAGGCCUCCGCGACUGCCGGCUUUGCCUACGGUAUUCUCAAGGCGGUUCGGAAGAGGUACAUUGGCGCGCAGUACAAGGCAGUCGCUGAAAAGGCCAUUGCGUCGGUGAUGAAGGACGUCGAUCACAAUGGUGAGCUGCAGAACACCAGUUUUGGAACAGGAAUGGGUGAUUGUCUUCAAUUCUACAAGGACAUUCCCCUAACCUCCAUGCCAUAUGGACAGGCGAUGGCCAUCAUGGCGCUAGGAGAAUAUUUGUGGACCUAUAUUUAG